CAUUGUAUCGAUUCUGCGUGUGUUCACACAAAAUUGUUUGCAUUCCCGGCAUGUUGGUAUUACCUGUGCCUGGCACUGACUCUGUGUGAGGUCUGUGACUUUCCAAUAUGGCUUCCGAGAAAAACAUUGGUUGUAUGGAAGACGAGGCACUGAAACGCAAGGAAAGGUUAAAGGCACUGAAACGAAAGCAUGAUGAGACUGAUAAAGAAGGGGAUAAGUCAGAAUAUGUCAGUACGGAGGGCCUUGCUAGUUUACCAAGGCCAAAGUUCCGCAGUUAUAGACCACAAGAUGUCACCUUGAAAGAAAACAUUUUACCUGUUGCAAAACCAGGUGAUGUUGAAGCUGAAGUAAAGGAUCAGCUGGGAUCUGGUAACGUCAAAGUUGUUAUCGAAGAACUGGAUAUUACCAAUUUGGCACCCCGCAAACCAGACUGGGACCUGAAGCGAGAUGUCGCCAAGAAACUGGAAAGGUUGGAGAGGCGAACUCAAAAAGCGAUUGCCGAACUGAUUCGCGAGAGGCUUAAGGAAGGACAGGAGGAUUUAGUCACGAGCGUUAACAUGGGUGCUAGUGCCAGUCAGAACCUGGAUGUUGACGAAGACUGAUUUAGUUGCUUUUGUGCAUAUUUUGUUAAAGGGCUUUGUGGUUUAGUCUGUCGAUAAUAAAAUUUUCAUGUUGUCACACAA